GACAGUGACUAUAUAAGAGCCGCUGUCACGUCGAGACUUUGCACAUUUCCAUUUGCAUGAUUGCGCACAGAAAUAAGCCCAAGCAGCACAGCGCCUUUGGGAAACUGUAACGAGCGAUGACGAAGAACGGAAAGAAUGGACAUGGCGCGUACGCCGCUGCUGUGCCAAACGGAUACGCACAGAGACCCAAAGAGCUGGAGGGACGGGGAUACUGGGGAUCCAAGGCUGAGUUCAUCCUGACUGUGAUGGGCGCGAUCAUCGGACCUGGGAACGUGUGGAGGUUUCCUUACCUGUGCUACAGAAACGGCGGAGGUGUAUUCUUCAUCCCAUACGUCUUGUUUAUGUUCACAUGCGGUAUCCCACUUUUCUUCCUUGAGACUGCCUUAGGACAAUACACCAACCAGGGGGGAAUCACGUGCUGGAAAAAGAUUUGUCCACUUUUUCAGGGCAUGGGCUUUGCCAGUCACUUAAUCAUCGCAUUUAGCGCAACCUCCUACAUCAUCAUCAUGGCGUGGGCGUUCUUUUACCUCUUCUUAUCAUUCAGCCAGGAUUUACCCUGGGCUUCAUGUGGACACUACUGGAACACAGACUCGUGCUUGGACUUUAACCAUCAAAACCUGAGCCUCAGCAUGAUGGCCAAAGAGAACAGCACUCUUCCUGUUGUGGAGUUCUGGCAGCGGCGAGUUUUGAAACUCUCCAAUGGAAUCGAGGAAGUGGGCAGCCUGAGGUGGGAACUGGUCUUGUGUCUCAUCCUGACAUGGGUCAUCUGCUACUUCUGCGUUUGGAAGGGCAUCAAGUCCACAGGAAAGGCAGCCUACUUCACAGCCACCUUUCCCUUCUUAAUGCUGUUUGUUUUGCUGGUACGCGGAGUUACUCUACCUGGGGCAAUGGAUGGAAUCAUUUACUACCUCUACCCUGACAUCUCUCGCCUUUCAGACCCCCAGGUGUGGAUGGAUGCUGGCACUCAGAUCCUUUUUUCUUAUGCCAUCGGCCUUGGGUUCCUGACCUCUCUUGGGAGUUACAACACUUACAACAAUGACUGUUACAGGGACUGUUUCUACUUGUGUCUGCUGAACAGUGUCACCAGCAUCGUGGCAGGCUUUGCCGUCUUUUCUGUUUUGGGUUUUAUGACAAAUGAACAAGGAGUGGAUAUUUCGGAGGUGGCAGAAUCUGGACCAGGGUUGGCUUUCAUUGUCUUCCCACGUGCAAUCGCCAUGAUGCCCAUGCCUCAGGUGUGGUCAGUGUGUUUCUUCGUCAUGAUUAUUCUGCUCGGACUGGAUAGUCAGUUUGUUGGGCUGGAGUGUUUGAUGACAUCACUAGUUGAUCUGUUCCCAGCUCACCUGCGCCAGGGUUGUAGGCGUGAGCUGCUUUUGCUGGCUAUCUGCACUUCCUGCUGUCUGCUGGGACUCUUACUGGUAACAGAGGGAGGGAUGUACCUGCUCCAGCUGUUGGAUCAUCAUGUCUGCAGUGGCACCACGCUGAUCCUCCUCUCCCUUUUUCAGUCUGUCAGCAUCGGCUGGGUCUAUGGUGCUGAUCGUUUCUAUAACAACAUCACAGACAUGAUUGGUUAUCGUCCAUACCCAUUAAUGAAAUACUGCUGGUGCUACAUUACUCCCAUCACCUGUUUUGGCACCUUCAUCUUCUCUAUUGUCAAAUACUCCCCGCUGAAGUUCAAUAACACGUAUGUUUAUCCACUGUGGGCCAACAUCUUGGGCUGGUUCAUUGCCACCGCCUCCCUCUCCCUCAUUCCACUGUUUGUGUUAGUGAAAGUGCUGCAGGGAAAAGGCACUCUACGACAGCGGCUCAUAUUGCUCUGCCAGCCUGUGGAUGACCUCCCCUGGAAUCAAAAAUGUCCCCCUGCACCAGGAACCAACAGCACUGCUGUCUACACAGCAGAGCUAAAACCUUUAUCUAACACUGCAGAAGUCAUUCAAUGAGCACUAACAAGUUGUUUAGGUGAAUCCUACUCUGCAAAUGAGUGUGCAGGUCCUCUGGUCUUGUUAUCGUCAAACUGAUAAGAGUUAGACACGAGAAAGCCCAAAAAAGAGAAUGUUCAGUAAUGAUUUACUGUAGACAUCUUAUACCUUGACAAGCACUCUUAAAGGUGCAGUGUGUAAAAUUUAAGUGAAAGGGAUCU